UUGGUCGGGUGCCCUGACAUCGUUCAUCAGUUUCCCAAGCAGGAAGUAAAAUUAACAACAUGUUCAACCAGUCACGUUCCAAAGACACUUCCACAAAAAGUUCCUGGCGUUCAUUGUUCGUUAUAAUCAUGUUGUGAUGUGAUGUCUGCCAGCGGUUCUUGUGUGCUCCGUGAAGUUACUCUCAGCUCGCCAGUGGGGGAAAUCCUGCUGAGCGGCUGCGAGAAAGGAGUUCAUACCAUUAAUAUCAAACUGGGAACAGAAAAGGACGAGAGUGUACAGCCUGUUGGCCGGUCAGAAAUGAGUCCUGAGUUACAGCACUGUGUUGACUGGCUUCAGUGCUACUUCAUGAAACCCGAGUCUGUCAGUGCACUUCCUUUGCCUACUUUACACAAUCCGCUAAUGCAGAAUGACUCUUUUAAAGCACAUGUGCUGUGGACUCUGUUUAAGGAAGUGGGACUUGGUAAAACGGUCUCCUACAAGCAGCUUGCUGAAAUGAUCGGGAAUCCAAAAGCUGUGCGAGCUGUGGGUUCAGCCAUGAAGAAUAACCCGAUUCCCCUGAUCGUGCCAUGUCACCGGGUGCUGCGUAGUUCAGGGGACAGUGGCUCAUAUAUGGGAGGAAAGGGAGAUGAUAUUAAAGUCUGGCUGCUCACUCAUGAAAAAAAAGCAUUGGUACUCAAUGCAUCAAAGAGUGAAAAAUCUUUUUGAUGGACCCCAAAACCACUUCACACUGCUUCUCAGUUUUAUUUUAUUUAUUUAAAUUUAUAUUGAUUGGACAAAUUAUAUCAAACUUUAGCAAACACAGUCUUUGUUAUAAUCCAUAUAUUGUCUAUGGCAGUUAAUUAGUUAGUUUUUUUGCUUUAAUUGCAGUAUGCAGUUUUUUUUUUUUUGAUUAUUGUGUUUUUGAGAAUAAGUUUGGUUAACUACUUGUUCUGGUUGUCACUUACAUUGACAUUGUCAAAAUUAUCAUUUAGAGUUAUAUAAGAAAAUGUAUAAGCUAAUAAACAGCUCUUUAAAGCAAAAAUGUAACCACAUAUAUAAAUGUUUUCAACAUUUAUAAUCAGAGCCAUUAUUAAUAAUUGAUCUCCAGUCAUAACUUAUAAUAACUGCGCACCAAUUCACCAUAUUAGAAUGAUUUUUGAAAGAUGAUGUGGCACUGAAGACUGGAGUAAUGGCUGCUGAAAAAUCAGCUUUACCAUUACCUGAAUAAAUUAUAUAAAAAAUAUAUUCAAAUAGAAAAAAUAAGUUAUUUUGAUAGUUUUUUAAUAUUUUAAUAUUUAUUUAUUUUUGCAUGUUAUAUUAUUAGUUUAUUAUAUUAAUAAUAGGUUUUUGUGUGCUUCUCCAUAAUGUGUCUAACCUAAUGCAAAUUCAGUUAUUCUCUUGAGCACAAAUACCAAAGAUUUCAGAUGAAAUAGUCUGAGCUUGCAUACAAACACCUCCACUUGCAAUCUCUAGUUCUUUCUCAGUGUCAGACGGACAGUCAUGAUCUCUUUAAUAGGAGGGUGAAGGACGGGCUUCCCUGGGGAGAUCUCCACAGUCAGUGGUGUGAUACUGUUUUAUAUUGUGUUUUAUCAUGUGAUAUGAGCUGCUUCCACUGCCUCAGGCUUUGCUGAGCUUUCACUAUACUUCACAUAUGGUAUUAUGUCACCUUGCAAAAGAACUAUGUGAACUAUGAGGAGCUUUUGAGCAAAGCCAUCAGUACCAGAGGUGUAAAGCCAUCUCAAUCAAAGUCCAUAUAGACGAUAUGUUUGAGAAAGUGCAUGUUCAGUUGCUAACAGCUCAGCUAUUUGACCACAUGUGCGUCUUAAUAAUGUGUAUUAUCGACACACUUUUAUUGAACCUUAGUGAUGUAAUUGGUUUAAUGAGAUGAACUCAAUGCUUUAGUCAGUUAAGCACAAUCAGGCCAACUGAUAUACCUAAAUAAUUGGCAAGUUUUUAGCAUUACACUUGAAUUCAGUUUUCAUAGUCAACACAGUUUUAAUCAAAUUACUCAGUGCUUUGAAAAUGCCGAAAUAUCAUACUAACAAAUGCAAUGAGAUAACAGGUUGGCUAGGCUAACUUUUGUAAACACUCAUGAUAUAUUUAUUGGCCACAACAAAUGUAAUCGGCUUCAGUCUUAAAUAUAACAUAUGUUGAAUUCUAAUGAGGGCAUACAUUAUAAAUAAUAAUAAUUCUGAAAUCACUGUUGACAUAUCCAGAUAGCACCACCACGCGAAAAAAAAGUUAGGAUUUGUACUUGUUUUUUGUCCAUUUUGGGAAAAAGUACUUUGGUUAUUUGGUCAGUUACUGCAACAUUUGCUCCAGCUUCGCUCACAUUUAAUAUCUAUUUUGAACAAACUAGGCAUACUACUUAUUUACAUUAUAUAUACCUCCAAUACAGUUUAUUUCUUAAAACCAAAUUAAUAGGAUAUUUCAGCAGGACUCAAUAAAACAUGUUGUUCCCAGGGAAUAAAACUGAAUUGUAUUCUCAUAGGCUCCAAGGGUUUAUCAUCAUGUUUUAUGCUUUUAAUCUCUUCCUCGUCUGUUGGGAAAUCUCUGUUCUUUCAGAGGCAAACCUUCAGCGUCCACCUCACUCACCUAUAAUCAUUAUAGAAGGACAUUAAUGAUCAGUUUCACACUGGGAAAUUAAGCUGUGGAUGUUUUCCAAUAAUAAAGAGAAACCGUCAUAAACUUA